AUUUCACUAUAUCAAAUAGAGAUUACAACACAUAGAGAUACAACUUGAGUAAAGAAAAACUCUAUUAUUCUUUUCACUCACUUCUCUCUUUCUCACUAUGUAUUUUCUCUAUACCUCUCUAUUUUUCUCUUCUCUUUUGCUUGCUCUCACUCACGCAGUCCUUCAAGACUGCACCAGUCCUCAGUCUCACUUGCUGGGACUUCUCUUUUCUCGGGGGCUUCACAUCUUCACCCCCUCCUUCAAAUGGCCGAAUGCCUCACCUUUUAUUUCAUCAUCUUUUCCUUCUUUUCUCCCUUUCACACUCUUCAUAUCAAGUCACAAUAAAUGCAAACCAACUUAUCUUGACUUUGCUUCAACCAAUUUCUUUUCUUCAACUCUCCCUUAGCCGAAUGACCCUUGCCUUUUGCUUCUUUCUUUUCUUCCUUCCUUCCAACGUGUCACACAAGUUUAACAUCACAUAAUCAUUUAUGUGGCUUGACUUUUGUACAUACCUUCAUAAAUGUAAAUGUUGCUGGACUUUUGUACAUAAUUAUAGAGAAAAAUAUGAAGCCAAUUUCUUCUCUUUCGGACAAGCUACUCCAGCAAACCCAUUUCACUUUGCUGACUUCUCAGCACUUGUCCAACAAGCUCAUUUAAUGAGUUAAAACAAAGUGUGGGCUGGAACAUGGUGCAACGCACCCAACACACGAGAGAUAGUCAUGUAAAUGCAAAUUAUAAGUUCUACACUGUCAAACAAGAUUUAGUACUUCUUUUUUUCUUUUCCCCAUAAAACUCUUAACCAUAACACAAUGAAGUUUCCCUCAUCAAAACCUCUUUCUUGUUCCUAUAUAAUUAUUUUCUCAAUCCUCCUCGUGUUCAACAUUUUCCAUAACACUACUGGCAUCACUACAAGGCUGCCUAACAAUGAAACAGUUCCUGCAGUUAUAAUCUUUGGAGAUUCAAUUGUGGAUACGGGCAACAACAACUACAUUGAAACUGUGGUUAAGUGUGAUUUCCCACCAUAUGGGAGAGAUUUCAAUGGUGGAAAACCAACUGGAAGGUUUAGCAAUGGAAAGGUCCCAGCAGACUUUUUAGCUGAAAUAUUUGGUGUUAAGAAGAUUCUACCGGCUUAUCUUGAUCCAAAUCUUCAGCUUCAAGACCUCCUUACUGGUGUAAGUUUUGCCUCUGGCGGUGCAGGAUAUGAUCCUCUCACUGCUAAAAUUGUGUCUGUCUUAUCGUUAUCAGAUCAAUUAGACUUGUUCAGAAAUUACAUAAAGAAGAUAAAGGAAGCAGUAGGAGAAAGCAGAACAGCUACUAUACUGUCAAAAAGUAUAUUCAUAGUGUGCACAGGGAGCGAUGACAUUGCAAAUACUUAUUUUUCUACACCGUUUAGGAGAGCCCAUUAUGAUAUUCCCGGAUAUACUGAUCUAAUGGUUAGAUCAGCUACAAGUUUCUUGCAGGAACUUUAUGGACUAGGAGCCAGAAGGAUUGGAGUAGUAAGCUUACCAUCAAUAGGGUGCGUGCCAUCACAGCGAACAGUGGCUGGAGGCAUACUGAGAGGGUGUUCUGAGUCUGCAAACCAAGCAGCAAUUCUCUUCAAUUCAAAGCUCUCGUCCCAAAUGGAUUCCAUCAAUAAAAGACUUCCAGACGCUAGGCUUGUUUAUUUAGAUCUCUAUAACCCGUUGCUUGCCAUUAUCCAAAACCCAUCUCAAUAUGGAUUUCAAGAGGCAAACAAAGGAUGCUGUGGCACAGGGAAAAUAGAGGUCAGCAUUUUAUGUACCAGUUUUUCACCAGAGACAUGUACCAACGCCUCUGAAUAUGUAUUCUGGGACAGUUAUCAUCCCUCAGAGCUGGCCUCUAAAAUCCUUACCCCAUUAGUCGUGGAUGACUAUAUCUACAAAUUCUUCAGAGGGUAAUCUCUCGUCUCUCUUUCUUGGCCAGUCAUUAUAGGAAGUGUUUGUGCUAUUAAUUAGCAUUUGAAGCGAGUCCAAUCUAUGUUAUUACUAUGCUUAAAUUGGGACUAUGUAUCAGUAUUUCUGCAAUGUUCCAAUCUACUAGAUUUUUCUUUAUUCAUGAUUAUGAAAAUGUUCUGUAAACUGAGACUAUGUGUCAGCAAUUCUGCAAUUAAUGUUCCAGUAUGUCGACGGAUUAAUCUAUACAUGAAGUUCUCUCAUCUUCAGGAGGA